GGAAGCGGCGCGGCCGCCGGGACCACCGCAAGGAGGACGGCGACGACAACGGGGACGACGAGGAGGAGGAAGAGGACGACGACGAGGACGAGGACCACGUGGACGUCGGCUCGGGUCCCAUCGUGGAGGUGCUGGCCCCCAAGGCGCAGGACGGCACGCGGUGCCGGCCCGGCAGCCUGGACAUGUGUAUCAACGGCAAGUGCCAGCACGUGGGCUGCGACCUGCGCAUCGGGUCCCGCAAGACGGUGGACGCGUGCGGCGUGUGCGGCGGCGACGGUUCGUCGUGCGCCACGCCACUGUACCACUGGGACACGGUGCCCUCCUCGCUGUGCAGCGAAGCGUGCGGCGGCGGGUACCGCAGCGCGUCUCACGUGUGCAAGAACAGAGUGACCGGGCUGGAGGUGGAGGACGCGCUGUGCGACCAGACGCGGCGGCCGGAGGGCGAGGUGGAGCCUUGCAACACGCACCGCUGUCCCGCCAAGUGGAUUGCCGAGGCCUGGGAGAUGUGCUCCGUUUCCUGCGGCGGCGGUGUCCGGCACAGGGACGUCUACUGCGCCGAGGUCAUCAGCGGCAACCUCACCAAGGUCUCGGACGACAUGUGCUACGGCACGGCCAAGCCCCGCCACAAGGAGCCGUGCGCCUCGGAGAAAUGUCCCACCUGGGACUCCGGGGAGUGGAGCGAGUGCUCCGCGAGCUGCGGCAUGGGCAUCCAGACGCGGCCGCUGGCGUGUGUGGACAGCUACGGCUCCUCUCUGGACGACACCGCCUGCGAUCCGCUGCGACAGCCGCCCCUCACGCGCACCUGCGCGGCGCCGUCGCCGUGCCCGCAGCACGCCUACAACUCGCUGCUGCCCACCUCAGAAUCGGGUGAGGACGACCAGGACAGCUUCGACCCGGACCUGGACUCGGACACCGACUCGGACUACACCGACCCGCUGCUGCGGCCCUACCCGCCCAUGCCGGCCAUCGCGGAGCGGCUCGUCGGCGGGGCCAACACCGACCGGGCCUUCCUGCCCGGCCCUUGGAGCCCCUGCUCGGCCACGUGCGGGGAGGGCUGGCAGCACCGGGAGGUCCACUGCCGCGUGUACCUGGAGGGCACCAAGGCCAGGGCGCGCAUCGACGACCGCGAGUGUCCGGGGCCCAAGCCGCCGGACAAGCAGACCUGCUCCGGGCCGCCCUGCAUCAGCACUAUGACGAAGAGGUUCGUGGUGGGCGAGUGGGGCCCGUGCUCGGUGACGUGCGGCGAGGGCGUCCAGCACCGAGAGGUGUACUGCCGCCUGUUCCUGGAGCUGUCGCGCGGCACCACCACCCUCAAGCAGGACCAGUGCCCCGGCAUGAAGCCGCCAGAGUCGCGCUCCUGCACUGUGUCGCUCUGCCCGCUGGCCAACACGCUGGACAGCAGGCAGGACCACCCCAUGGCGGACACCGCCGAGUCGCCCCGCAUCGGCGGCCGCAAGGGGACGUUCUCGUGGAAGGAGCUCGGCUUCGGGGAGUGCAGCAAGUCCUGCCUUGGAGGCGUCCAGGAGUCCAUCAUCCAGUGCGUGCGAGACGACGACGGCAAGCCCGCCGCCCCCUACCAGUGUAGACACGAGCCCAAGCCGGAGCAGCGGACGCGCACCUGCAACGACCAGCCGUGCCCGCCGCGGUGGAACGUGACGGACUGGUCCACGUGCUCGGACGAGUGCGGCAUGGGCAUCAAGAUCCGCGACGUGACGUGCCUGCACGAGGUCACCAACACCAACCUGGUGCCCGUGCCCAACAACCGCUGCCCCGCGCCGCCGCCGCCAGACCGCUCCUACUGCAACGUGCUGGACUGCCAGCCCGCCUGGAACGCCUCGGAGUGGAGCAAGUGCUCGCGGCCGUGCGGCGGCGGCACCAAGACGCGCCACGUGACGUGCACGCAGCGCAUGGCGCAGAACCACGUGGUGUCCCGGCCGGCCUCCAUGUGCCCGGCGCACGCCAAGCCCGUGGAGCGCAAGCCCUGCAACCCCAAGGCCUGCUCGCCGGACGACGCGCGGCCGCGCAUCGAGGCCAACGACGAGCUGCACGUCACGGACAGCAAGCCCACCCAGAAGCAGAUGUCCGUCAAGAUCGGCGGCUCGGUGCACAUCUUCCUCGGCACGCGCCUCAAGAUCCGGUGCCCGGUGAAGCGCUUCAACAGGCCGCAGCACCUUGACGAUGAUGACGAUGGCGAAGGCGGUGACGGUUACUUCUUGCUGACCCUUGAGCGCGGGGGCGGCGGGGCCGGCGGCUCUCCCUGGGGCAGCCCCUGGGGCGACGCCCACACUGGGAGGCACAGGCGCUUCCUGUGGUGGGGGAAGGCCACGACCCCGCCGCCCCCCACCGCCUCCGCGAACGACACAGUCGUCUACGAUGACGAGGAGUCCGACCUGUCCGGGACGGCCGGGUCGGCCGGGACGGAGGAAGGGUCCCGCAUAGUUUGGCAGAAAGACGGCAAAGUCCUCCACCCCUCCAGGAAGUACCACAUCUCCAACAAGGGCGUGCUCAAGGUCGUGGACGCCAGCAUGCACGACGGCGGUCGCUACUCCUGCGUCGCCGGACACUCCUCGGCCGACCUGACGGUGGUGGUCAAGAACAUUCCCGGCAAAUUUCCGAACAGUGAAGAAGUCGGGGGUGGGCAGACCCCGCAACAGGACCCGACGUACCGGGACCGCCACGCAGAUACAGGGCGGGUUUUUCCGGGUGCGGGGGACGACAUUAGUCACGAGGUUCCGCCCACGGGAACCUCGCGCUUCGACACCAGAAGGAAGCAGACGCCGUCCCCCGAUAAAAAGUACAGCUACCCCCGCCCCGACGGCAACUCCGUGCAGGGCAACAACGUUUACAACAACUACAACGGCCACGUGUCGCGGCCGCCGUACCGCAACGAGUACCCGAGCACCCCGGACGACGAGGACGACGAGGACGACGACGGCGACCCCGAGGACGGCAGCACGGCCUACCCGGACGCCACGGCCUCGUCGUCGGCCACGCGCAGCGCGCCGCCCCUGCACGGGCUGGUGCGCCACUUCCAGUCGGUGGUGGCCUUCUCCUUCAUCCGCCAGGUCCUGUCGGACAGGCUGUCCACGCUGCCGCCCCUGCUGUCGCGGCUCGACCAGCGGCCGGCCCCGGCGGACAGUCCCCCGGCCGCGGACGCCGCGGUCGCCGCAGACCAGGACGCCGCCACCACCACGGAGGCCGCCGUCGGCGCGGGGGUGCUUCUGGGGAAGGGCUCCGCGGCCGCGGCCGAGCUCAAGUUCGAGUGGGUCAUCACGCCGUGGUCGGACUGCUCCGAGACGUGCGGCGGCAACGGGUUCCAGCUGCGCGGCGCGCAGUGCACGGUCCGCCGGUCGGGCAACGCCACCCGCGGCGCUGCAGGCACGCCCGGCCCCGCCACCGAGUCCGUGGACGCGGCGCUGUGCGACGACGCCGGCCUGCCGCCGCCCUCCACCUUCCAGCGCUGCGGCAGCGACGAGUGCCCGCGAUGGAGCGCCGGGGAGUGGUCCACCUGCGAGGACAGCCGCUGCUUCGCCUGGAACACCGCCAUGCAGCGUAGAGACGUUGAGUGCAAGUUGCCUAAUGACACACUGGUAGACCCCCUGCUGUGCGACGAGGCCGAGAAGCCCCCCGUGCGCCUGGAGUGCUACAACGACCGCUGCAAAGGCACCUGGAGAGUCGGCGAGUGGUCAGAGUGCGGGGCUCGCUGCGACGGCCAGGGGGUGAAACACCGCAUCCUACAGUGUGUGUGGUUCGGCACCAAGAAGGCGGCCGGGAACGCGUGCAGAGAGCAACCCAGGCCCGUGGUCAUGAAGUCGUGCAAGGGACUUCCCUGCGCCCAAGGAGGCGAGUGUCGCGACGAAUCUCAGUACUGCGCAACAGUUCGCGCCAUGAACCUGUGCAGGCUGCAGCGUUAUCAAACUCAGUGCUGCCAGUCGUGCAGAUCCAACCGUGGCUGAACCCGACUCAGACAUCGACUCAAGUGUACUGACUGCAAUAAAAACCAUAAUAAUAAUUAUUACAGUAAUAGCAAUCCCGCCUCAAAGGCUUAAGAUCCUCUUUAUAAAUGAAGAAUGAAAGUUUGUAAAUACUGUAUUAGUUAUAAGUUUUAUGAAGAUGGAAGAUGAAUGGUUACAAUUAUUUAAUUUGAGUGUGGAAGCCUUCUGUGUUCAUUACUGCUGAUUGACGGUGUGACGAAGGGCAGUUAAACAUAGCUUAAUUUUCUCUUGAUUAGUUUUUAUGCAUCAUAAAUGAUCUGCAUGAUAUUUUUUUUCCUGUGUUACUAGGGCAUUGACUGCAAACAUUCCCAUUAGAAACCUUUUUUCCCCCCCAUUACCACUUUGGUAUUUUAUGCGUGACUCAUCUACGUCUUGAAUUCAUAUGCCAUCAGUACAGUAUUGUAUCUGUAUUGUGGUUUCACCUGCAUCAUACAUUUCCACUAUGUCUAAGCUCCACUUACAAUUAUAUUUCCAGUAUUGUUGAUUUAAGAAACAACUCUUGUUUCCUUAUCUUUUUGUUUCUUUCAGUUGCUUUUGUUGGAUUGGCAAUGAUAUAAGUCGUGUAUUUUACAUCUUAGUAUUUAUUAAAAUCAAAUCAGGGGAAGAGGAAUUCUUGAGACCUGCUAGUUGUUAUUGGGACAUAUGAAACAAAUAAGUCUGGUUUGUUCCACUUAAAUAAAUAAGCAAGCUAAUUGGGACAUAUCUGUUGAUAAAUGUGGAUAGUUAUGUAGAUCUAUGGAUUCCAGAAUGAUUUGAAGCUAUUUUCAUCCAUAUAUUAUUUAACUAAUCUGUAAGUAAGAAAUUUUCAACUAAAAACAUGGGGCGCUUUCUAAGAAUGUUUUCAAAACUGAAAUGACAGUUCCUUUGUGACCGUUUCUAAACUUAUUUCCUAAGGAACGGUGUGCAUGCUCAUUGAAUUUACCUGAAGAUCAGGUUUUGUUAAAACAGGUCAGUAUUUGAGAUUACAAAGGAAUUUCGUUUCUGAAAAACAGAAAGGUUUAGACUUAAGAAAAUGCCUGUGGAACGUAGUAAUUGACUCAAAGUUCGUAAUGUACAAAACAAAAAUUAACUUCUAAGUUUCAUAUAAUGUUUAAAUUAGUUCAGGGAUGUGCACAUUUUGUAAAUACUACUAUUUAAACGCUGCUCAGCAGUACCUAUGGACACCUAAAUUUAACUGUAUCCAUAAUAACCGGAAAUCCAGUUUGAACUAGUGAAUCCCAAUUGCUAUAGCAACUUGCUAUGUGUAGCAUUUUCCUUUUUUCACAAGUAUUAUAAGGAUAAUCAAACAUGUGCUAUCAUUCACUUCCUAUCAGCUUGUAAAUGUAUCUAUUUGUUGCACUGUACAUAAUGAUGUCUCUCACUUUAUCUGAGAUUUCAGUUAUCUUCCAAACCAAGAGUAAAGGAAUAGUGCUUGUACAUUGAUUGCAAGUACAGUUAUGAAAAUGUACCGCUUUAAAAAGAACUCCUCCCUUGGCUUACCUGGGUGCAAGAAAAAAAUUGCAUGUGAAUGUCCUCAUAGUACAACACAUUUAGAGAAAACCUAUUCAACUGCACAAAGUUUUUGUUUUUUAGUUGCACAGAGACUUUGUGAGAGGCGUCUGUGGGUCUUCUUGACUUUCUAAGAAAUGUGAAAAAUAUGGCCUUAAUUUUGUCAAAACAUGCCUUUGAACAUGCAAAUUUUUGUUAGUAUCUGUAUUUUAUAGCAAUGAUAACUCAAUGUCAAAAUUCUUAAUGAUGUUCAGCCAAUUUUAAGUUAUGAGAGGAAUGCUUCUGCGCUCUCUAUGUUUCAAAGGGCAGUCAAUUUAAAAAUUAUUAUUACAUUGUUUAUUUUGAAGUUAAAACUUCCACCCUCCUUAUAACAAUUCAAUACGAAUCUAAUAUGGCAUGAGGUUGUGUAAAACCCAUACAUUUCUGGGCCUGGGCAGAUGAGAUCCAUAAAAGCCCUGAAUCUCAUGCUGCUUCACAUACAAGGACAUCAAAAUCAUCAUACUCCCAAAUUUGUUAUUAUCUUUUGUUUCUAUUUGAAUUUUGUCAAAAUAAAGUUAUUAAAAACAAUGAA